AUGGCACCGGCCAUGCCGGCCUUUUCAGAUGAAGAAUCGCAUACACGCGAACGUCAACAUGGACACGACACCGACGACGUGGCUGUACCCUCAAGUCCGCUCUUGGAGUCGAGAUCGAGAUCGCCAGUUGGAUUGAGGGCCAGAUUGGGCUUGAGUGGCGUCGCUCGAAGGACUGUGGGCUUUGCGCUGCUUCUAUUAACGGUGUUCCUAUGGACAAUGUACAACUUUAUCGCCAGUUACAUAUUCUCCGACGAAACUUACAACAAACCCUUCUUUGUCGUCUACCUCAACACCUCUGUAUUCGCAAUCUCCUUGAUACCAAAGUUCUUCAACUACCUACGAAAGAAUGGCCUCCGUGGACUACGACACGAUGCGAACCAAGUCUGGAUAGACUACAAGCAUGGCACAAACUACACAACAUCCUUAGAUCGAAGCGAAGAUGAGCAGGCCACCGAGCGCUUGAUAGCACAAGGCUAUGGAAGCACCGAAGCCGCCCCAUUAAAUGAGAAGCUGAGCUUCAAGGAUACUGCUGUCCUGAGCUUCGAGUUCUGCAUGCUUUGGUUCCUGGCCAACUAUUUCUCAUCCGCCUGUCUCGAACAUACCAGCGUCGCGAGCGUAACAAUUUUGACGUCGACAAGUAGCGUAUGGACCCUUAUUUUCUGCUCCCUAUUUGGCAUCGAGCGCUUCUCUGGUGCCAAGAUAAUGGGCGUGGCAGCUUCGCUCGCAGGUGUCAUUCUCAUCUCAACGGUGGAUUUGGCUGAGCAGGCCGACGAGAACAGGGGAUCUUUUCCACGCAAGUCGUCUACACAGAUUGCUCUAGGAGAUGCAAUGGCACUUCUGAGUGCUGUCAUCUACGGUCUCUACGUGACGGUAAUGAAGCGCAAGGUCCCCAACGAGGACAAAGUCGAUAUGCAAAUGUUCUUUGGGCUUGUCGGCGUUUUCAACGUGCCGAGCAUUUACGAGGACAAGCACGUUUUCACAUGA